AUGGAUAGUCUCUUGACAGCUGUCAAGACUGUGGAUUUAGGGCACCGUGAUGCUGAUCUCUUAGGGACCAUUUCAGGAGAUGCAAACACAUCCACCACAUCGUCAGAUGAAAGAUGCACCAUUGAUACACCCGAGGAAGCCCUUCGGGUGCUCACUUCUGAGCCAUCAGAAAUUCAAUUUCUUUCUGCAUUGAAUUUUCUUGACCCCACCCAGGUAUCGAAAAACAGAUUUGACAUUACCGUCCCGGAACCACCCACCGUUUCUAUUGUGAAUAGCUUAGUGUCUUUAGCAAUUAAUCACCGCUGGGCAGCUAUCGAGAAAGAGUACAAAUCGUCCACCAAAUCUAGAAGAGCAAGAACUGCUAAAGCAGUAGUACUGAGAUGCUUAACUUCUGUUGGCGGAAUUGGGGCUUUGAUCGCUAAUCUUCGCACGCUUCUUGAUCAACUUUCAGGCCUACGUGAAGGCGAGAAGGCGUCAAGGCACAUUGUGCUUCGUGAUAAUCUUUCGGCCUUAUCAAAUGUUCUACAUACCCCAGGCCUAUUGUUUAGAAUAUACCAGCAGAUAGCUCGAGUUGAUCAUCUUGCGAAGAGACAACUUGCCUGGUCACAGCUGAUGGUUUUCCUUGCUUCUAGCAGGGUAUUAUCCACUGCAGCCGAGACUUUGGACGCAAUUAAUGAUCUGGAUAGCCUUAGCUCCAUCAGAUGGAUUGGAGACGGCAAAACCUAUGCUUCGUGGCUUGGCCACUCCAUCGUGUCUAUGGCAUUAAGCUUAGAUAACAGUGAUACAGAAGCAUGGAGAAGCCUGGGAAAAUUUACUCAACGUGCUUCGAGUCUUGGAUAUCUACGUAAGUAUUUUUUUUAUAAGGAUAAACCGUUGAUUUUACCACUAAUUUUGCAGAUAGAUGACCUCUCGAACGCUUUGUAUUCUGAAUUCUUAUUGCGACCCGACACUCGAGCAGAUGAGUUCAGGACCCUUAUGGGUCUACUAGAUGCCCACUCUCAGAAACGAAUUUUUGGGUCCAUAUUGCAUAGCCUGGAAAACAGUUAUCUUUCAAGUGCUUCUAAAUGUGACUCUAUUUUACUUGCCGAUACCCAUACAGGUCGUGCUGUAGGGGGUGUCGCUGCAAUUGUAGCGUUGAUCAUUGAUUUGUUACCUGCUCUUUCUGCGCACCUUAUCCAGUGCCUUGUUAAAGGCGUUGACAGUAAUAUUCGGGGCAUCAUGAUGCGCCGUGCUCUAGUUUCAAUAUUUGCAUCCAGAGAUGAUGUCUUAUCUGAUAUUCUUAACAAAGCUACCAUAUUUUUUGGAGACGAACUCUACAUUAAGCAUGCUCCUUUGAAGGCCCAAGAAGCCAACUCUCAGAUCAUUUUACUUAUCGCCGGAUAUUUGCACCGAUGUAAUGCUGCAGAAUUGGCUACUUUUACAAAAUCGGGCACCUAUCUUUCUGCAAUAACUCAUCGAAUUGGAGCAUCCCUUCCCCGAUCCAGAUUUUUAGGCAUGGCUGUUGGGAUGGGUCUGUCUAAAUUGACCGACUCUCCUGACAAAGCCUUGAAAUUUCAAUCAGAUGAGAUGCAAACUCAAGAUGCUUUAUGGUAUAUCAACCUAAUAACAUUGCACGACAAAAUAGGCUCUCCUACCGACUUAGUGGGAUUCAAGUGCGCAAGUCUCAAUCCCACCGAAGGGUCUAGAUCUAUGGAAUAUACGGUGCAGAAAGCUCAUAUCCAGCCAAAAUCUAAACUCAAUACAUCAAGAGUCAUCAAUAUUGAGGAGGUACCUGAUAGUGCAGAAGACGAAGAUAUAUAUUCCUAUGAAAAGCCCGAUUCAGAUGCGUCUGACUCCGAAGAUGAUCCAACCCUUAUCCAACGCUCGAAGCCUUCUGCUCCAGUAUAUAUCCGUGACCUUGUAUCUGCCCUUAGGGAUACAGAGAAUCCGGAACGGUACAAUCUCGCCAUUGCAUCAGCCCCAAAUCUUAUCCGCCGCAAAACUGGGUUUGGAACGGAAAUUAUUGAAAAUGCGAAUGAUCUAGCCUUGAGCUUGGUUUCACUCCAGGAUAAAUAUGACAUAGCAAAUUUUCAUGAGAAUCACUUGGAAGGACUCGUCGCUCUCAUAACUGCCCUUCCGAAUCAGAUGGGCCAUUGGAUGACGCACGCGCUAUUCAAUAUCGACCUUUCUCUAGCUCAUCGAUCAGUUAUCCUUAUUUCGUUGGGCGUGUCUGCUAGGGAACUUGCUGGAUUUCGAGAUGAGGAUACAAAGGCAAUUGGGCUUAGCGAACCAUCUAAACCGCUAUUUCCUUCCAAAAAAUUGCCCCGGCAUUUUGAUUCGAUCUAUAGCCCUUCAAAAGAGGGGUUUGAGAAUAUUUCGAAACGCAUUACCCAAGAAAUAUUAGAGCCUCUGGCUUUGAGCGCGACAGAUACACUGACUGGGCCAAACAUCAUGAAACUCCAGCCUCUCUACUCGCAGGCUACAAAGAAGAAGCAAAAUCGAGAUGAGAAGUUGAAACAAAAACAAAAACAUUUAUCAAAAGAUAAACGUGAAGUUCUUUCAAAUGCGUUCCUGUUACCACUUCUGAGGGAAUUUGAUGUCAUGAUGUACACCAUGCGAUCCUUUGGAAAUCAAAACCCCUUUCUUGAGCCGCAUCUGGUGUGUCUUUUUAUACAAACAGUCACACUUCUUUUUUUCACAUUUGGACCAUAUUCUCCAGAUGUUGGUUUGUUCACACGCGAGAUAUUGUCUCUUCUAAUUACACUUCACAACUUGCCCGUCGCCUCAGAGCCAAUUGUCCUGCCUGCAAUUCUAUCCCUCCUCUUAACAGUACUGGACAUCAAUAUUAUAUCGGGCAGUUCUGCUGAAGAGAGACUUGUCACGAACUGUGCGGCGUCCGUAAUCGAGCUACGAGAAUGGGUAGAAGGCGUUUUCGAGCGGACGCCGGCUGAAGAGGAGCGCGUCAGGGCCCUUUCAGCAGGGAUUCUCGUGAAACUUGAGGAAACUACCAGCAGGUACCAAGGCAGGCUUCUUGGAUUAGACAGUAAAUUUCAGUACUGA